AAGUGCAAAGUUUAAAUAUAAUAACGUUUAAUCUGAAGUGUAAAGUUAUAUAAUAUAGAAAGCACAAAGUGUAAAUGCAGCAGAACUGUCACAUCAUGCAGUGCUAUAUUACACUGGAUUUGUCUCUCCUUUACAUACAGAUAUGCAGGGAACGCCCCUUGGAGAAGUAAAGCCAAAUCUGACUUUUGAAAAUUUCACUAGGGAUCUCGCAGCGCUGGAGGACAAUUUUAGAAUAUCUCACCUGAGCAGAGAGUUUUAAAAUAUCAGGGCCUGAAUGAGUUGUGUGUGUUUCAGGUGCCUAUAAAGUGUGAUGAUGUUGCCGUGUAUUUCUCUAUGGAGGAGUGGGAGUAUAUAGAGGGACACAAGGAGCUUUACAAGGACGUCAUGAUGGAGACUCGCCAAGCACUAAGGACUAAUGAGAUUCCAGGAAAUGAGAGCUCAGAACUAACAGGUCACAGAGAUGAAAAUCUAGACACAGAAACACAAGGAGAACUUGUACAGAAUAUUCAGCCAGUGGAGAGCCCAUCAGACGUCUCUGCAGAACUAACAGGUCACAGUAAUGAAAAUCUAGACACAGGAUCACAAGGAGACCUUGUACAGAAUAUUCAGCCAUCAGAUGUCUCUGCAGGUGAUGAUGAUAUUAAUACUGACGUAGAUGUUAAAACAGAAGAUGUAAAUGUAACGUGUCAGCUGGAAGCUCCAAUGCAGGAAAUGUGUGACAGUGACAAUGCAGGUGUAAAUGAUGCUAAGAUUUCAUGUAACACUAAACAAACUGAAGAUCAGUGGCUAAGAAAUAUGCCAGGAGCUGCAGAACAGGAAAUAUGUGCCAAUAUAAGCACAGGUGAAUUCACAGACGGCAAUAAUCCUAGUCCUGAUAAGAGUUCAGAUGCUUCUUUACAUCUUCUGCAAAAUCAAAGAAGCCACGUGGGAAAUGUACAUCUUUGUAAACAUCUGAAUAUUCAUACAGGAGAAAAGCCAUUUUCCUGUCUUAUAUGUGGGAAAUUGUUUAACUAUAGAAAAAAUCUUGUUGCUCAUCGGAAAAUACAUAGAGCAAAAAAAGGAUUUUUAUGUUCUGACUGUGGGAAAUAUUGUGCUCAGAAAUCACAUCUUAUUGAUCAUCAGAAAAUUCACACAGGAGAAAAAGCAUUUUCAUGUCCUGACUGUGGAAAAUGUUUUACUCUAAAAUCAACUCUUAUUAGGCAUCAGAAAAUUCAUACUGGGGAGAAAGCAUUUUCAUGUUCUGAAUGUGGAAAAUGUUUUACUCUGAAAUCACAUCUUCUUAGCCAUCAGAAAGUUCAUACAGGGGAGAAACCAUUUUCAUGUUCUGACUGUGGGAAAUGCUUUACUCUGAAAUCAACUCUUCUUAGCCAUCAGAAAAUUCAUACAGGAGAAAAAGCAUUUACAUGUUCCGACUGUGGGAAAUGUUUUACUCAGAAAUCAAAUCUUAUUACGCAUCAGAAAAUUCAUACUGGGGAGAAAGCAUUUUCAUGUUCUGACUGUGGGAAAUGUUUUACCCGGAAAAUUACUCUUAUUAAGCAUCAGAAAACUCAUACUGGGGAGAAAGCAUUUUCAUGUUCUGACUGUGGGAAAUGUUUUACUCUCAAAUCAAAUCUUAGUAGGCAUCAGAAAAUUCAUACAGGAGAGAAAGCAUUUUCAUGUUCUGACUGUGGGAAAUGUUUUACUCAGAAAUCAACUCUUCUUAGCCAUCAGAAAAUUCAUACAGAUGGACAAUGACCCAAAAACUUAAGGCAGAAAGACCCAUGAGCAAACGAUAACUGAUGACAGCUGCAGUAAAGGCCUGGCAAAGCAUUACAAAGGAGGAAACCCAGCAUUUGAUGAACUUCCAGACUUUAAGCAGUCAUUGCCUACAGAUUCUUGACAAAGUAUUAAAAAUUAACAUUUUAUUAAUGAUUGUGUUAAUUUGUCCAAUUACAUUUGAGCCCCUGAAAUAAGAUGACUGUGUAUGAAAAUGGUUGCAAUUCCUAAUCGUUUCAUAUGGUAUUUUUGUUCAACCCCUUGAAUUAAAGAUAAAAGCCUGCACUUAAAGGGACAGUUUACUCAAAAUAUUUAUCCACUUUAAUUUGUUCCCAAUUAUCCACUUUACCUAUUGGAGUGUAUUAAAUUGUUUACAAGUAGCUAAUUUACCUUUAUAUUGGCAUUUGAAAUAGUUGAUUUAGCAUGUGGUAUCCCCACCUAUUGUGAAAGUUUGUGGCCGCAGGUCCAAGCUAUAGAUAAGCUUUGUAAACACUGUCAGUAGAAGAAAUUACACUCCCAGUGGGAUAUAGCAGAGAUAAGGUAAUACAAUGUUGAUUGUACAUUGUUUUCUCCAAGUACUGGUGAUUGUUUAAUGGACAGAUAUAAGAUAACGAAGCAGGUAUAUGUACACAACGUGAUACAGUAAUGAGAUCUGAUUAUACCUACAAGCUCAACCCAUUUUAUUAGGUUGUGGCUUCAAAACACAAAAUCAGAGCUUUAAUAUAAACAAAUAAACCUUAAAAAGCUAAUUUUCAUAUUUUUUUGCAGUUGGUAAAAAAGCAAUUGUAAACACAUUAAGGGAACAACUAUUUUACAGUAUACUGUCCCUUUAAAUUGCAUCUCGGUUGUUUCAUUUAAAAUACAUUGAGGUGGCAUACAGAGCCAGAAUUAUAAAAA